UUCGAUAAAGACGUGAAUUUUUUUGUUUAAAAAAUAUAUGAAAAGAAUGACUUGGAUUGUUUUGCUCAUAAUUAGUGUAUCACAGUGUGAAGAAUAUGGUCUCACAACUCAUGGCCUUAAACAUAUUAACGAAAUUAAGAAUGUAGCAGGCUUUGGAGAUGCCCAGCACCGAGGUCUUCAGUGGUAUGAUUAUGACUCCAAAUCCCAAGGAGAAAGUGGUAGUGAUUUGAAGAGUAGUGUUUCUGAUGACGAUACUAGUUCAUUAUCAGCAGAAUCUAGUAGCAUUUCAUCGAGCCAGUCUUCUGAAGCGUCAUCAAUAGAAACGAAUGAAGACCGAAAAGCAACGAAAGCUUAUCGAACAUGUACGCCUUGUCCACACGACAUGAUGAAAAAGUACAAAAAUUUUGGUAUCAAAUGGAUAUGUGGUGGCUAUCAACGGGCUAGACGUUCAUUUAAAAGUGAAUGCAUGAUGAGAUACAGAAAUUGUCAAGAUGGAACAAUGUUCGUGAAACUGUACGAUCACCGCUGUAAGAAUGAUUCGUAUCACGGGAGGCACUGGUUUUAUAUUUAUAAAGUAUGAUUUUAAUUAAAUUAAGGCUUUUAUUUAUUUAUAAUUAGGUACUUCAAUAGUAUUUAAUAGUACAAGAACGGAAUACAAUAUAAAAUGGACGAUGUCAA